CCUCGCUGGGGUGGCUUCUCCCCUCACCCCCCCUCUACCCCCCCAUCUCGGGUCGGCGGCUUUUGGUGCCGCCCAGGAGAACCAGGUCAUCGGCCGGUUCCCGUGAAAACAAAAACAAUCGGCGGGUAGCCGAACGCGGCGAGCGGGGGGACCGGAGACGCGGGGCCGGGUGGGGCAGCGAGCCGGCGCGGUUGCGACGCGCCAGAGGCCGUGCGCCAUGGGGCAGCCGGGCACGGGCUUCGCGGGGCUUCCCCGGCGCCGGGGCUAGCGUGCCCGCCGCCUCAGCCGCCCGCGCCGCCCGCCUGGGGGACGAGGAGGAGGACGCGGCCUCGGCCGGGCCCGGGUCGAACGGCUGUGGACGCCCGGGCGCCGGGGAGCCGAGCGCCGCCGCCGCCGCCGCCGCCUCCGAGAUGGAUCAGUGCGUGACCGUGGAGCGCGAGCUGGAGAAGGUGCUGCACAAGUUCUCGGGCUACGGGCAGCUGUGCGAGCGCGGCCUGGAGGAGCUCAUCGACUACACGGGCGGCCUCAAGCACGAGAUCCUGCAGAGCCACGGCCAAGAUGCUGAGUUGUCAGGGACACUUUCACUUGUAUUGACACAGUGCUGUAAAAGGAUAAAGGAUACUGUUCAAAAAUUGGCCUCAGACCACAAAGACAUCCACAGCAGUGUUUCCCGGGUUGGAAAAGCCAUUGAUAAGAAUUUUGACUCUGACAUUAGCAGUGUGGGAAUCGAUGGCUGCUGGCAGGCGGACAGCCAGCGGCUUCUCAAUGAGGUGAUGGUGGAGCACUUCUUCCGACAAGGAAUGCUGGAUGUCGCUGAGGAGCUCUGCCAGGAAUCUGGUCUUUCUGUAGACCCCAGUCAGAAAGAACCAUUUGUGGAGUUAAAUCGAAUAUUAGAAGCAUUAAAAGUCAGAGUUCUGAGACCUGCUCUGGAGUGGGCGGUAUCAAAUCGAGAAAUGCUUAUAGCCCAAAACAGCUCCUUGGAAUUUAAGCUACAUAGACUGUAUUUUAUUAGCUUGUUAAUGGGUGGAACUACAAAUCAGCGAGAGGCAUUGCAAUAUGCUAAAAAUUUCCAGCCAUUUGCCCUAAAUCAUCAAAAAGACAUUCAGGUUUUGAUGGGCAGCCUCGUGUACCUGAGACAAGGGAUUGAGAACUCACCAUAUGUCCACCUGCUUGAUGCGAAUCAGUGGGCUGACAUCUGUGACAUCUUUACGCGGGAUGCCUGUGCCCUCCUGGGGCUCUCCGUGGAGUCCCCUCUCAGUGUCAGUUUCUCAGCAGGUUGCGUGGCGCUGCCAGCUUUAAUUAACAUUAAAGCUGUGAUUGAGCAGAGGCAGUGCACUGGAGUUUGGAACCAGAAAGAUGAAUUGCCCAUUGAAGUGGACCUCGGUAAAAAGUGCUGGUAUCACUCCAUAUUCGCCUGUCCCAUUCUUCGUCAGCAAACAACAGAUAGCAACCCACCCAUGAAAUUGGUCUGUGGUCAUAUCAUAUCAAGAGAUGCCCUGAAUAAAAUGUUUAAUGGUAGCAAAUUAAAGUGUCCAUAUUGUCCAAUGGAACAAAGUCCAGGAGAUGCCAAACAGAUAUUUUUCUGAAGAAAUAAUUUUAAUUUGCAGUUUGAAGAAAGCUGUGAUAGAUUUCAAGUUUGCUUUUUGAACUUUUUCUCUGCUCCUGUUCUCACUGAAAAGUCAGCAGACCUGCAUUUGAGUUCUGCUGGUAGCCUGGCUGCCUGUUUUUAAAAUCCCAUCAUGAAUUUAGCAGGUUGAUGUGAGAAGUCUUCCGCUAGAAUAGAGUGGAAGGAGCACUAUUGUUUCUAUGCUUUUAUUGCCAAGAGGUGCUUGUUUUAAAAAGUGUGUUCAAUAAAAUGAAAUUCUGAAGUUAGAAGUGUUAAGUUGAUAUUUGCUCCCUUGGUCUUAGUAGCCCUGUGCUCUGAAAUUUGCCUUCAGGACUUGGCUGUCCAUUGCAUUUGUAUACCAUGCAGACACAGUAUUGUGUGUGUGUAGAUGUGCACCAGCAUCAAACAUUGUGCAUCUGGAAGGGGAGAAGCAUGUUCCAGUCCUAAAAUGCAGCCACCAGAGUCAUUACUUUAAAUCCUUAAAGUUAGAAUCUAGCGAAUUUUCUGUAGUGCAGAAUAUGUUUAUUGCUGUUUUUGUGUUUGAAUAGUAUACUGUUCAAUGCCUCUCCUGCAGCGUGUAUCAUCUCAUUGACUGUGAACCUGUAUAUUAUUCUAAUGGAUACACAAUGACCUUUUCUCUUGUGUGGUAUCUUCAUUUAAUGCACUUUCCAGAAAUAGCCAUGUGUAAGAGUCUUUCUCUGUAUGAUGAACUACAUGGAAAAGACUUCCGAGGACAUAAUUCUGACAAACCUGUUAUGUUACUUCAUUAUAAGAAGAAUGGUAUAUGGAUAUCAACAAAUAUUUUGCAACUUUAUUUCAUCUGACAUGGAACUGAACAUCAGUAUAGGAAAACUUUCAUGAGAAAACGAAAAAAGAAGAAAACAAGCAAAGAGAACCAUGACACUUCACUUUUUAAACUACAGAUUGACUUAGGUUGGGGGCAAGGAGGAAUGGAUUUGGUGCUAAGUUAAUUGGAAGGUGGCAGCGCUUGCAGUAAUUGGUUUGUCCUGAAGUGUGUACCUUGGAGAGUUGGGUUUUGUUUAUAAAGUCGGGGGGUAUUACAGAGAGCCCUGCCUGACUGGCGUGUGUGGCCAGGCGUAGGUGGAGGACUACUGUGAGCUGUGUAGGUGAGCCAGGAAUCGUGCCUAGCCUGCUCAGAGUGCUUGCUUUGUUCGACCCGAAACUUAUCCCCACAGCAACUCUUGCGCGGUGUUUCUGCUUUCCUGUUACAACCCUCUCUAAAGUUCCCUUCUCUCCACUAGCGCAGUGAAGGAGGAAAGUGGGGAGGAGCUCCUUGGACUCCAGAAGAAGGUAGAAAAUUCAAGGCAGUACUCUGGUUGAGGACGUAAAACUGGUUUAUUUUUUCUUUUGACUUAAAACCCAGAGUGUCUUUUUUUUUAGCUUUUCUAGGCCAGAUUUAGCUUUAUUCUCACCUACCAUCUCAGACACCUACACGGCAUUUAGGGUUCACACAAGGUUUGAACCGUACAGACACAUUGCUCUAAGACUAGAGGCUGGUGGUAAAUAUUUUUGGCAGCCAGGGACUCAGUUGUCUCAGGCCACUUUCGGGGACAAAAGCCAGAGCUCUGCUUGGUCCCUCUCCCGGUGUUGGGAAUCCUGUUGACAGUUUCCGUGCAAGGUCCUUGUAGUCCUACUGGACAGGGUUAGGGCCAAUAAUUUGAAACUCUUGAUCUGAUUAUUUAACAUGAAAAUUAUGUUUUGUGAUCCUUAACUAAAUGCAUGGACUUAAAAUUUACUGGUGAUUAAGUGUGAAGGAGAGGUGGCCUUGAAGAGGCCAGAUCUUACCAAAGAUACUGAAAUAUAGUACGCUGUCCUUCCUACUCCAGUAACACCUUCACCAGAGCUGGCAGCACCAUGUCACCGGGGCUGCGGAGGUCAGCGGUGCUGGAGGACGCCCUUCGCCACACACUGCCUUCCACUUGCAAAAGGUCACGAUAAAACCAAGGUUUCUUACAGUCAGACUCUUUAAAAUAAUGUACAUUGAAAACCAAUUCAGCGUGGUUGUUUAAAUUCCUAUAGGAGCCAUUUCCAUUUAUCAGUCAUGGACUAUACUAAACCAAUAAAACCUUACUAGGUCCUUAGAGUCUGCUUCAGCCAGAGCAUCUGUGCUUCCCAGUCUGAAGCACGGCGGCUGAAAUUGUCUUUCAGUCUUCUUUCUCGGUGGUGUGAUCAUCACAGAUGCCAUUUCUGUUGUUUUAAUGGUGAUAAUGUGAGACUUCUAAUACAUAAAUGAACGGGUAUUGGUGCCUCUUGAUUUUAAAAUUUUGAGAAAAGAGCCACCUCACAUUCAUAGGAUGUGUGAGUCUUUUAUGAGUGCAUGAGCAUUUAAUUGAAAAUGAGAACAUUAUGAAGUCAGCCUUUUGUUUUGAUUUUUCUGAAGCAGCUUUGUACACAGAGACACUAAGACCCACACCAGGUUUGUGGGGAACGAGGAUCCUUCUUUGUCUCCAGAGAGUCCCACAGGUUAUGCCGUUGGCGCUCAGUAUUCUUUAUGCUGUGAGUUAUUCCCACCUCAGUGACUUCCGCUUUGGGAUGGGAGAGACGACAGAAACCAAGAACUCUUGGUUACCCGCACACGGCAAGCUGCUGGUAGGCGUUAGCCCUCUGGUUUUCCAGCCCAACCUCUGACCGAGUGGACUGCCAGCCAAGCUGGUCAGCUUUCUUAGUCAGAAGACUCAGGUUAUUUUCAGGGAAGCUGUGGAGGCAUGAUUUGGUUAAAUUCAUCACUAGGAUGUGUAAGGUAAAGACACAAACCAAAUAUCUCCCAUUACUUAACUACAUACAUUCUCUUUGGUAACACUAGGAUGCUGCGGCCGUGAGGGAGUGAUGGCAAGGAUACGCACCUCGGUACUUCCUAAGCCCGGCCACUGCGGGCGUUCUAUGUGGUACAAUAGUGUUCGCCAUCAGCAGGUACAAACUUCAUGGACUAUUUAUUGAACUAUAAUGGAGUAGAUACCAAAAAUAGGAUGACAAAUGUAUUUUAAUAGCAGAUGAGGCAACUAGUUGUAGGCGAGUUUUCCACUGUUGACUACACACACGGAGAGAAAACGAAGUUCUGUUUUCAGGACAUUUCCCUCCACACAGUUUUAACCGUAGUGAGCAUAUGCUUCAUUUACUUCCAAAGAGGCAAAAGCAGCUGGAAUUGACUCAAUAGCACAUGCUUUGUUUCAUGAUAUGGGUGAGGACCUAUUCUUAUUUUAGCAGUCACGUAACAUUCUCCAACGAGGCAGAUGUGGGGUUCGCUAGGAUUUAGUGCCUGAUCUUUUCUUUUGGGAAGGGGUGGGAGUGAAUGUAUUGGGGAUGGGAGGGAAGCAGGAGAAAAAAAAAUGUGAGUGUGAGUGAGUGUGCAUGUCUCUGAAAUUCACCAUGACCCCCACCUGUGUCUAGCAAGGAGCAGGUAUUUAAUGUAUUUUGCUCAUGACUGCAGUGUGCAUGUUCCCCCCUGUGUUCUCUAACUUACACUAAAAGGACUCAUCAAAUCAUCUUGUUCAGAUGGCUCAGGAUUGUAUUUCUUUUGCUUACCCUGUGCUCUUGGGUUCUAUAGUAUUUCUAUAAUUAUGUAACAAGAAUAGUGUUGCACUGUAAUCUAUUAUAUAGAGCUAUAUGUAUGGAAAAUUUUGAUCAGUUUUUUAAGCAAUGUAUCCUGUUUGCAAAGGCACAAUAAAGUUGCAUAUUAUAGACAAUAGGCAAUAAAGCUAAAAAUAAACCUUAUUUAACACAAACCAUA